CUCUCCACCUUCCUGUUCCCACCACCGUCAUAGCACCACCAUGAGCACCAUAAACCACCCUUCAUUUUCUCAGCUAUUUCUCUAUAUUUUCUCCACAACCACAACCACCACUCGACCACAACCACCAUCCCUGUCCUGACCCGACCCCAAAUCAAAAUCAGAAAUUGCCGCCGUUAACCACCGCCAAGAGCUGGCACCUACUCUGACGACCUCACCGUUGCAUUCCCACCACACACUUCUUCUCCAGUCUCAGAUCUCUGUAAGAACUUGGCGACCUGCAAGAAACGAAAGCCAUAUUCCUCUCGUUCAUCUUCUUCAUUUUGAUGUGAGAUUGUUUCAGAUCUGAGUGUGGUAAUUGUUUGUGGUCUGAGACUACAUAUUUGCUUAAGACCGUUGGUUAUUUGACGAGUUGUUUGGAUAAUCGGUUUGUUGUUAGAGGGGCUGCUGUAAAACAUUUUAGGGUUUGGUAGUAGAAAGACGAAUAAGAAGAAAAAGAGAAUCAGUUGUAUGUGCAGCUGCUAGGAAGAUAAUGAAUUAGGGUUGUUUUGUGUUGUGUAAAGAAGAAGAAGUAAAACAUUGAGGUGACGGCUUGAUAUAAAACUUUAUUAGGGUUUGUAGAUUUUAAUUAUUUUAUUUAUUUUAAUUUGAGUAAAUAGGGUAAAAUGACAAAAAUACCCUUAUGUAGGGUUGAUUUGUGAGAUUUAACCAUAAAAAUUAACUGAGUUAGGGUUAAAGGACAUAUCGUGCAAGGGUUUGUAAAAAUCGAGUAUGUUUUUUUGUAAUUUUUAAAGUUAAAGGAUAUAGUUUGUAAUUUACUCAUUACAAUUUUACAAACCGAUUUGGUAUCGGGUCGGGUUUUUCCUCUGUUUCGGUUUGAAAUUAGCCUAGUUAUUUGGGACGAACCCAAUGGACUAGGCCCAAAAGUUUUGGAUUUUAUUAAGCCCAAUAAUAAUAACGGAGGGUGAGAAAACCUAAAAUUUACGCUACUGGCCUUGUUGCUGCUGUGGAACUUGGUAGUUUCAGAAAUGGAGGAAGCAAAAGUGAUUGAGAAUUUGAGAUCAGUGGUGUUUAAGGAAUCAGAGAGUUUAGAAGGUGCUUGUGCUAAAAUCAAUGGCUACGAUUUCAACCAAGGGGUUGAUUAUUCUCAGAUUCUUAAAUCUCUACUUUCCACUGGCUUCCAAGCUUCUAAUCUCGGUGACGCCAUUCAAACUGUUAAUCAAAUGCUAGACUGGAGGCUUUCUCACGAACAAGUAACAGAAGAUUGCAGCGACGAGGAGAAGAACCCGACUUAUAGAGAGUCUGUCAAAUGCAAAAUCUUCUUAGGCUUCACUUCAAACCUCAUUUCAUCUGGUGUUAGAGACAUUAUUCGGUAUCUAGUUCAACAUCAUAUGGUUGAAGUGAUCGUUACAACAGCCGGUGGCAUCGAGGAAGAUCUUAUAAAAUGCCUUGGAGACACAUACAGAGGUGAUUUUUCUCUACCAGGUGCUGCCUUGCGCUCAAAAGGGCUAAAUCGUAUUGGUAACCUGUUGGUGCCUAAUGAUAACUACUGUAAGUUUGAAGAUUGGAUCAUCCCAAUAUUUGACCAAAUGCUUCUAGAACAAAAUACCCAGGAUGUGUUAUGGACACCAUCAAAAGUUAUAGCACGUUUAGGGAAGGAGAUUAAUAACGAGAGUUCAUAUCUUUAUUGGGCAUAUAAGAACGAUAUUCCCGUCUUUUGCCCUGGCUUGACAGAUGGGUCUCUUGGUGACAUGUUAUAUUUCCAUUCCUUUCGCAAUCCCGGUCUUGUUGUCGACAUAGUACAAGAUAUCAGGGCGAUGAACGGUGAAGCUGUGCAUGCAAACCCUAGGAAGACAGGGAUGAUAAUUCUAGGAGGGGGGUUGCCAAAACAUCACAUAUGCAAUGCAAAUAUGAUGCGUAAUGGUGCUGAUUAUGCAGUCUUCAUCAACACUGCCCAGGAAUUUGAUGGUAGUGAUUCCGGUGCUCGUCCUGAUGAAGCGGUCUCAUGGGGCAAAAUACGUGCUUCCGCUAAAUCUGUUAAGGUGCACUGUGACGCGACAAUUGCAUUUCCAUUGCUUGUUGCAGAGACGUUUGCUGCAAAGAGAGAGAAAAAACAACUAACUUAAAGCUAAGUUCUUGAUAAAUUUAUAAUACUCAUUCAUGUGUAGUAAUGUUGAAGUUUAAUUACGUUUUAAAGAUGUCGUGGUAUGAUCCAUUCCUCCAUAGAAAUAACGUAUUUUAAAUUAUGUCUUGCCAUUUGGUAAUGGUGAAAUUACAAUAUUUGUUUGUUGAACUCAUACUCUCAUUUUAAUGUAUCCAGAUCAUCUUUAAUGGAAUAUUAAAGUUUAGUCACAGUGAAUUUUGGCUA